AACUCUGGUCAUCGACGAGCGGGUUGUUAGAAAGUAGCCUAAAAGCAAUAAGUUGUUUUCGAAAUCUUAAUUUUACGGGAAAGUAAUCCCCGGUAUGGACGAUAAUGACGAAUUGGAAUAUGUAGAGGAGGAUUACUAUGCAUUUCUGAAUGUUCCACGUAAUGCCUCUUCUGAGGAAAUAUGUACUGCCUAUAGAAAUCUAAGUCGAAUUUACCAUCCAGACAAACAUGUUGACGUACGUAACAAGCAAAAGGCAGAAAUGAUGUUUAACCGGACCAAAAAAGCGUAUGAAGUACUUUCGGAUUCACAUCAACGUGCUAUUUACGACUCAUUGGGAAACAAGGGUCUUCAAACGGAAGGAUGGGAAUUGAUUCACCGAACCAGAACACCGGCGGAAAUCCGGGAAGAGUACGAACGACUGGCUCGAGAACGAGAAGAGCGCCGGUUGCAUCAGAAAACUAAUCCUCGAGGGAACAUUACAGUUCAAAUCAAUGCGACUGAUAUCUUCAGUAAAUAUGAGGAUGAUUACGACGAUGGAGGAUUAUUUCCGGUGAUCGAGGUAUCGGGAAUGAGCAUGUCACAAUCGAUCGAGGCUCCACUUUCGAGAACGGACACGGCCACCCUCUCUGGUAAUUUGCAUUUGCAAAAUGGGGUGGGCAGUGGAAAUUUUCUACUCUCUGGACGUAGACUUAUAAAUAAAGGGUGGUUCGAAGUGGAUUGUGGAGCGGGAAGUGGUCCGGUAUUAGGUGUUAAAGGUUCGAGAAAUCUGACAAAUCGAUUGUUUUUAAACGGAGGCACUACAGUUAAUUUUCGACAGAAUGCUAUCAUUCCGGGGAUUGCUGGCACAUUAGCUAUUCAACUGGACAAGCACACGGUUGGAUACUUGACUUACAACGCUGGUCUGCAAAGUUCAAUGUCUACAACAAUCGAGCAUAACACCGAUAAGUACCAUUAUAAUUUGAGUGCCACUCUUGGCAUCCCACAUUGUUACCUUACUGCCAGUUAUACAAGAAAGUUUGUCGAACAGGAGCUAAAACUAAGAGUUGCCUUAAAGGGAGGAACAUUCGGUUUUCUAGCUGAAUAUGGAGCGGAAAAGAAGGUAUCCAAGUACAGUUCAGUGGUGGCAACGGUUAGUGUAGGAGUUCCCACCGGAGUUACCCUGAAAGUUAAAAUUGUUCGCUCAACACAGACGUACCUUUUCCCUAUUCAUCUAAGCGAAGAAGUUAUUCCAGCGGCGAUAUUUUACGCCACGAUCACUCCGCUGGUGACGUAUUUCGUGCUGAAAAAGGCCAUCAUUGAUCCAAUGAAUCUUGCCGCCAAACAACGGAACAUUGAAAAGGUUAAAGAAACCAAUCGAACGCGAAUGGCAGAGAAGCGACGCGAAGCGGAAUCUGCUAUCGCACUGAUGGGCGCUAUGUAUGAACGUAUUCGAAACGAUGAGCAGAAGCGUAAAGGUCUCAUCAUCGUGUCGGCAUUUUAUGGUAAAUUCGGUCGGGAUGAAAAUGUGUCGAUCGAACAGCGUGAUGAAAUUGGAUUCAUUCAGCACAAGCCGGAUGUUAUAGAUGUCAAAAUUCCCGUGCAGUGUUUGGUAAAAGAUUCACGUUUGAAUCUGUACGGAUCGACGAAGAGCGAGCUUCCCGGAUUCUACGAUCCUUGUUUCGGAGAGGACAAGUUAUUGCGAAUUGAUUACGAGUACCAGAAUCGCACGUUUAGUGUUAGUGUGGCUGAUGGUGAAGAUGUUAGGAUACCGGAAAAUGCUAACAAUAGUCAUGAUUAGGUCAAGAUUGCUUCCAAAUCAUAGUGGAUGAACACCUCACGGGCAGGUGAAAUUCUGUGUUAUUUUACUGCACAGAAUGCGUAAUUGCAUAGGAACAGUAGUGAUUCAAUUUGAUUUAGUCAAACGAAAAAUUUGGCUAAAAGACCGAUUGUUAUGUCUGCAAAGUUUUAUAAAUAGCUUGAGAAACAUCUA